UUGAAAUUUGAAGUUUGAAACGUGGAUAUUUCGAAAUAUCUAGUCAGCUGAUAAUGAGCGCUAGUGUGGUAGCGGCUCUGGUCAAGUUCGGUGAAACCCUUGGAGACAAGUCGGUUGAUACAAGUUCGAAACUACGUGUGCUGAGUACACUCAAUGAGGUAAAGCUUACUCUUAGUGAAUUAUCAGAGUCCGGUGUUGGUCGUGCUGUUCGUAAAUUAAAAAAUGAACCCGGUGAACUUGGAAAAACUGCUAGUACUCUUAUAUUAAAAUGGAAAAAUCUGCUCAGUGAGCAUAUAAAACAAGAAUCCAUAAAUAUCAGUGUACUCAAGGAUUCCGAAAAAUGUGAUGUUAAUGAAACAUCCAAAAGUCUCAGACAGACUUCAAGUAGAGGCAAAUCAGCGUCGGUUAGCAGUGAAAAAACAAUCAACUCGACUAAAAGUCCUGAGAAUAAUUUAGGGAGAAAUGUGCAACAUUUAGAUGAAGAUGACGUGGUCCCAAAUGCUCAAAAUAAUUCGCUACUUCACACAGCUGCAACUUCUGGUUGUUUUCCAAACAGUUCUACUUCUGACGAUUCGUGCUCAUAUUCCAAGAUUAACCAUAAGUUUCCAGAUAGUAAAAUUAAAUCGACAUCUAGCAAAAAACGAAAGUCUACAGAUAUUGUGGACUCAAUCGACUCUUCUAGUGGGAUUUCGUUUAUGGAUUCAUUAAAUGUCAACGCAAACACUCGCACUCAUCGAAAGAAAAAGUGUAAUCUAACCAGUGCUUCAAGUGAUGAUUCUCAACAGGGCGUCGACAGAAAGCUUGAUAUAACUCCUCUGAAUAUUCUACUUCGACCUUCUGAAGCAUUUAGUGCAGAAAUCAUCUCAUCACUUUCUGAACCAGUUAGUCGUCCAGAUGUCGUUCAUCUCCCACCUAAUUUUCAGCUAAAUGAAACAGAAAAAAAACAACUUUCAGUGGAAGACGAUUUCGAUAAUGGAGAUUUGAAAUUCAAAUCAAAGAAAGUUCUUUGGGUACCAAGACAAAACCGUUCAUCGUUACCUCCUAACAAUCAUUCGAAUUCAUAUGAUGAUUUUCCUGGUUUCUUUGAUCCUCCCAGUUUAAUUGAUCUUUGUGUUGAUGUAUUGGCUCGUAAUAUAAGUCGUAUUAAUCAUUUCGGACAAGUACCUUAUGAAUUGCUAGCGAAAGUCUUACGUAGUGCCUCGGUGGAUGACUUGACCAGAAUUGAACGUUAUAAUCCACAAUUCGUUGGAUUGAAUGAUGAUUUAUGGCGUAAAUAUAUAAAUCGAGAUUUUCAUCAUUUAUCUAAUAUUCGUCGUCGACCAGAUGAAACAUGGUGUGAUUUUUACAAUCGAUUAUCUAAAGAAGAAACAAAGCGUUUAGAUCGAAUUAUUUCACAAUCUGCACGUAAAGCCAAAGAAGAACUAGAAAGUAAGUUAGUUAAUAAAGUUAUUAUACAUUGAAAAGAAAAACCGUUGUCAAUAAUUGUAAGCACUUUUUACACAGAUAUAUUUAUAUGGUAUGAUUUAUAAUUAUUAUUAUUUACAAUUCAAUACUUUUUAGAGUUACACACACAUAAAUUUACACGAGAAAAACAGGAAUUGUGUAGUAAAUGGUUGUUCAGAUAAAAUGGUAGUAUUUGUUAUUUGAUUGUUGUAUACAAUAAUCGCAAUGAAUAAAAUUAAUGACUCCUUUAAGUUAUGAGUUAUGUAAUGCUUGGUUCAGUCAGUAACAACGUAGAACUUCGCACGUACGUACAUCAGUUCGAGUUGCCACACCACAUUAGUACAGAGAUGCAGUGGUCGAUUCAAAUCCCGUAGUGGUAAAGGUAGUCAAAUUAUAAGUUGUAAUCAGAAAAAUUAUGGUUUGAAGAUGUUAUUCAAAGAGUAUAAUCCAGUGAAAUAAAUUUGGAAAGAGAAAAAAGAAAGGGAUAUGAAGAAUUCAGAAGAUUAGGAUUUGGGAGAACACAAAAAGUGGAUGCACUUGCACCAUUGCAAACGAUUUUGAGCCAUGUCAUUCAAGGUCUCUAACCAUCGGUUGCUAUCAUCUCGUGGUCCCCAACCAGGUAGUCUACACAUACCAACAUGGCUCACUCAGUCCACUUGUCAGUGGCUUCAUGGACUUGUGUCAUUUUUUGGUCUGGCCGCCUCUAGCUUUCUUCCAACUUACUCCUUUACCACUGAACAUAGCACAUCGAGGAAGUCGGUCGUUAGGCAUACGUAACACGUGUCCCAGACAUCUCAACGGAUGAAGUUUCACUACUUCAUCAAUUGAUUUGCCAUCUUUACCUAGUACCCGUUUCCUAACAACUGUGUUACUUACUCGAUGGUCCCAGGAUAUACGAGUAAUGUUUCGAAUACACAUGUGAUCAAAUACUAGUAACGUACGAAUAUCCUUUACUCUUACCGGUCAUGUUUCACUGCCAGUAAGAGUAAUACUUGGUUACUAAAUAUACAUUUAUAUAUGUACAAUUGGCUUUGAGUUGCAUUGUAGAUAUUAAAUCAAAUACUACUAUACAGUUUCUCAAACCUGAAAGAAGGUAGAGUGUAAACCCCACUUUAUUUGUAUUGUUUUCUUACAUCCAGUUAAUAUUAUUAGCUACAACUGAUUGAUCAUUGAGUACCGAUUGAUGUAAUAUUUGUCUAGUCCUCUUAGUGUUCAUGGUGUUCUGUCGUGCAAGUUAAAGUGUAGCUACUAGUCGAAGUGACUGGAUAUCACUUGUUGAUCAAGUUCUGUCGUUCAAGUUCAAUCAACAUUAAGGCACUAUAUAAAAAUUACAUUGGUCAUUACUCAUUCACCAAUUAAUUGUAAAUAUGUAAGUUCAACAUGUGAUCAGAAUAUGGCCCAGUAGUAACGUCUCAUGUUAAAACUAGGUGAAGUGGGUUCGAAUCCCACAGGACCAUCAGUCCCUUCGUGGUUGCAGAUACACCUUGUUGACGAGUUCUAACUAGUACAAAACCUAGGACAUGCAAGGUUUCUUUCCGACUACCUUCAACCAUAAAACAUCAGCAUGACAUUAUCAACUCUCACAUAGUAAGGCCGAGUACGCAAAAAUGUAAUUGGCAAAUGAAAUAAAUGAUUAUUAUUAUUGUUAUUCUAUUUAUUAGUGAUUUGUGUUUCGUCUAAUCUACUGUAGUUUGGAUUCAUUAUUCCCCACACUUAAAACCAAGACACAAAUAUAGGAUAAUAUACGGUACUAUUCAAUAUGACUAUAAAUUUAACUUAUGCAAAGUACUCAAAUGAAUUGCAUCACUGAGGUAUACAGCUAAUGAGUUCAGCAAAGUUUGUGCAAUCACAUAUAGAAUAUAUUAAACAGAUAAAUGACUAAAGAACACAAAAAUAGUUACUUGUCACAAAAGAAAUACGCCUGUGACAAACAAGGAGGGUAAGUUUGUCAUCUAACGAUCAAUUAAUUUCAUCAAUCAAACUCAAACUUGCAACAAUUUUUACAAUCAAAAUGUAAGAACAUCAUUUAAUUAAGCUUUUAAGUAAUAUGAACUCGUUAGUUGUUUAACAAAAAAAGACACCUCAUACAAUCUAAAAAUGUAAUUAUACCCUCAAAAGGUAGCCCAAUUCAAUCAACUCAAGCUGCAAUAAUUCAAACUUUGAAAAAGCAUUAUGGCAACUCUCAUAGGAAAGUGGUUAAGUAAAUUCAAACUAAAAAGGUUAAUAAAGGCCGAUUAAUAACAAUGAUAUAAUAAGAAAGCUGAAAUUACAAGUAAAUUAGAUAAUAAUAUUCGUCGUCAACCAGAUGAAAUAUGGUGUGACUUUUACAAUCGAUUAUCUAAAGAAGAAACAAAGCAUUUAGAUCGAAUUAUUUCACAAUCUACACGUAAAGUCAAAGAAGAACUAGAAAGUAAGUUAGUUAAUAAACCAGGUCUGUUGUGAGAUAUCAACUCACUGAAGACAAUGGUGUACGUUGGUGCAACUUCGUGGAUUAAGUGAAGUUAGACAGUAACACGGUUGGAUGCCGGCUCAGCGGUCUAAUGGUUAAGCCCUCGCGCGCGAGACUGAUAGAUCCUGGGUUUGAAUCUCACAGGGGGCGGGAUCGUGGAUGCGCACUACUGAGGAGUCCCAUACUAUAACGAAACGGCCGUCCAGUGCUUGCAGGUUUUUUCCAUGUUGGUCCAGCUUCAAUUGACUCAUGAUUUCAACUAUUGAAAUUUCUGAAAAAAUCUCCACAAAACCCCUUGUAAUGGUAAUAAUAGUUUGAUCUAGAACCAAAAGAAGAACAAAUAGAACACAAAAAUGGAAAUACCGAAUGUAAUUUCAUAUUCAGAAUGUGACAAAAGGUUAUUGUGACAUACAGUGUAUAGGUGAAGAGAUUUUCACAAACAACUGCAC